ACAUAAUACAACUUUGCUCAAAGGGCAGCAUAAAUUCUGCACCCCUUUCAAAAGUGUCAAAGAAUUUAAAAUCUUAGUUGAUCAACAACGAUAGCACUUGAAGUAAUGCUUGAGUGAGAGGUAUUUCAAAUUAUGAAUACAUCUUCAUUUAUUCUCAUUUGUCCUUAUGUUUCAAUCCCUUUGAGAAGACAAACACAGAUACAUCCUAUGACAUCAUGUUUGUUGAAACAAUAUUCUAUUCCACAAUUUUAAUCAUAAUGUUAUUUAUCAGUUCCUUUUCUUACCAUUAAAAGUGCAUUAAGAUUUGGUUUUUAGUCUUAUCAAAAAUCUGUUACGUUAAGCUGAUGUUUAGAAAACCCAUUAGCAUGUUUAUUACAGUUUAGCCUAUGUUUCUGUUCCUCUUUAAAUUAGAUUCAAGGCUUCAGUAGGAGGAGCUAAGGCUGAUUAGGAUGGAUAAUUAGAGAAAUGAGAAGCAGCCUCUUAAUGAUGGUGAUGUUGAUCAACUGCUUGACAAACCAUUAUGCUGUAUUGCUUGCAGACUUAUCAGGUGAUCAUUUAUAUUCUCCCAAAAAGGAUCAAAUGUGCUGAGAGAUUCUUUAAGACAAAAUGAAACAGUGGUGCAUUGUUCAGUUUCAAAAUGGUGGCACAGAAAUUGUGCCACACUGUUGGCUGAUGGGAGAAAGGCUUCUUUGGCCACCAUAUCCACCCAAAGACACAGCCAAGGUACGGGCUGCAGUAAAAAAAUAUGAGCAGCCUACUGAGGGAUGGUUGACAUAUGAACCUAUCAGACACCUUUUAAGUCGUGCCACAUAUGAAGAAGCAGAGAAGAGUUUGAAAAGAUAUCUAAAGGAAAAUUGCGACACAACUGACAUGCAGUCUGAUGGAGAAAUGGAGAAGUUUGAAAAAAGAAAAUCCAAACCGAAUCCUGUCUACAACAAACCAUCUGAUACAGAAGGUGAAGUUAAAAAAAGGAAGCUCCUCUCUGCUCCUAGAAUUCGAUUUCCAGUCCCCACCAAAGUGCUGACUGCUGUUGAUCCAGCUUCUAGAGUCCAGACCUCUGUUCAGCCUUUUACCAAGUUUCUGCCCAUCCAUUCCAUGGAGUCCUCAGACCAAAUGUGCAGCAGUUCUCAAUACUUGACUGAGUCCAACGACUCACCACCCCUGCCUUCCUUGUACUCUCGCCAGGAGUCAUCUUUCAGUGAUGGAGAGGAUGCAAGGGAUUCCGCAAGACUUAAUGAAUCCUUAUUAAUGAAAGAUGUUGCUUUACAAAAGUUGAUUGGAACUGUCACAGAACUUGUUAAAGAAGUCAAGGAACUCCGGGAGGAAUGUCAAGAUUUUUUCAGACAGUCUUUACCUACUUCUAAGCAACCUAUGCCGGCUUUGCCUGUUUCACUCCCUCUGCACAAUAAUGAAGAGCUUGACAGUGCAGAGGACAUUCUACAAUCCAGUGAAGCAAGGCAGAUAAUGGUGAGACGCUUCAGCAUAAUUGGAGGUACCUCACUGGAAGUAAGGGUUCGUCGCAUGCUCUCCUGUGCACUAACCAAUGAGUUGGCAUCAUCAAUCAAUUGGGCUGGGAAGAUGGUUAAAGGACAGUCAAAGCAAAAGAGGGCAUUUAAGGAUACAUUCUUAAAUGUGUGUAUAUUUGAUGCUUUGUCUGUGCAGAUGGGUGUGGGAAAAGUGUCCCAAUUUGAUUACAAUCAGGCAGUCCAAAAAUGGCUUCGCUAUGCACCAUACCGUGUUGGUGGAACUGCACAUAAAACAGCUGCAACUACUCCUCAUUUGCCUCCAGAAACGACAUAAUUUUUGCAAUUUUUGCCUCACUUUUGUUUUGUUCAUGAAUGCUUUUGUUUUCCCAUUAGAAUUGAAGUGCUUUCUGUUGACAGAAUUAAAACUAAAAAUGUCUUGAAAAAUUUAAUAAAAAUGUCACUGAACUACUGGCGAAGUGUGAUUUGUAGUAAUUUUCACCAAACCUUUUCUUUAAUGAUGUCAAUGUUGUUUCAACAAUGUAUGUGUGUUCUAAACUGAUAUUGAACAAAUAUCGCUUUGUGAUGUUGAUUCAACAGCAUUACCAUUGAUUUGGGGUUGAAAUAUCAAUAUUAUAUCAAUAUUAACUGAGGGUGUAAAAUGAUAUUGAACAAAUAUCGCUUUGUGAUGUUGAUUCAACACCAUUACCAUUGAUUUGGGGUUGAAAUAUCAAUAUUAUAUCAAUAUUAACUGAGGGUGCAAAAAUGAUAUUGAACAAAUAUCACUUUGUGAUGUUGAUUCAACACCAUUACCAUUGAUUUGGGGUUGAAAUAUCAAUAUUAUAUCAAUAUUAACUGAGGGUGUAAAAAUGAUAUUGAACAAAUAUCGCUUUGUGAUGUUGAUUCAACACCAUUACCAUUGAUUUGGGGUUGAAAUAUCAAUAUUAUAUCAAUAUUAACUGAGGGUGCAAAAAUGAUAUUGAACAAAUAUCACUUUGUGAUGUUGAUUCAACACCAUUACCAUUGAUUUGGGGUUGAAAUAUCAACAUUAUAUCAAUAUUAACUGAGGGUGCAAAACUGAUACUGAACCAACAUCACUUUGUAACAUUAAUUCACUGCAAUUAGUAUUGACACAUCAACGAUGAAUCAAUGUUGUUUUAAAGAUU